AUGCGCGACAAUGAGGGAUUGGCAUUACACCUGUUACUGCUACUAGUAUUAUGCGCCGAAGUGUACACGACGACUGCAAAGCACCUUAUCAAAAAAAGAAAUUAUAGCGAUCAAAGUGUAAGAGGUUACUUGGCGGAGCGGACUUGCUGGUGGAACGAAGUUUGCAAGGAAGAAUUUCACAGUAAAUUUCGAUGUCGUUGCCCGCGAUGGUCCUACUGUCGUGCUCCGGGUAGAUACUACGAUGCACAUUGCAGCAUGACGCGUACCGGCUACAUCUGGACCCAACCGGAGACUUCGUUGACGCUCGAAGUCAACAAAUGA